AUGAAGCGGUUUUACGACAGACUUCGUCCUGGAUGUCCGAGAGAUGACGGGGGUGUUCCCCUAAGAUCAGAGAAGCAGAAUGGUAGUUACUCAGUCCCAGUUGUUAAGUCCAAGGUUCCCGCAGCGUCAAAUGCCCAAGCAGGGCUCGAUCCGCAGAACGCAUGCCUUGAGAGUCUUGCAGUCGAAUUACAGUUCGAGAUCCUUCAGAGGCUCGCAGAUUUGCCGUCCUUGAGCGCAAUCGUCCACGCAUCACCGUCCUACCACAGAGCUUACGUGGCUAGGCGGCAAUCUAUCUUAGCCAAGGUGGUCUCUCGAGACAUAUUUUCUGAUAGUCUAUUCGAAGCACAUGCGUUAGCCAUAGCCCUACGUACCAACAACAAAGACGGUUCAGAGAUCAGGAGGUUUCUCAAAGACUACAAAAGCACACGACGAGAAGCAGUAUCGGUUUCAAUCGAAAGGUUUCCUCUCCCUCAGAUUACCAUCCUUUCGCAAGUCCAACAUGCAGUCCGAUUUGCCAUGAAGGACUUUUGUCAGGCCACACUAUCAAAACACCCUUUGAGUAGCGAAAGGGAAGGAGACAUCACGCCGCUCUCGACCCAUGAAGCCCGACGUAUAAGCAGAGCCUUCUACAGGUUCGAAAUCUUCUGCACGGUUUUCAGCCAACCCGGUUUCAAGGUGAAGCGAAAAUUGGAUUGCAUGGAUAUGUGUCACCUCUUCCUGAACCAGUUCCCACCUUGGGAAGUGGAAGAGAUAGCAUGCAUACGCGACUACAUCACAGGUCGAUACGCGCAACUCUUCGCGAAGCAUGAGCAUGAGCUCGUGCAGCAUUUACCAGAAGGGGCCCCUGAGGAUUCUUCCGGGGAUGACAUGCCAUUUGAAGGUAACCCUGCGAGCCACGUAUCAUCUUUCCGACUCGGCUGA